AUGAAAUAUUCAACGACUUCUCUCCAAGCUAUUGCUCUGGCUGCUACCGUAGCUGCUCAGUCAGACGUGUAUCAUAACCAAGCAGGCGAUCGUCAUUACCAAUGCUUGGCUUCCGUGAACGGAACUGCUUAUUUGAUUGAGCUUGAACCAGGCGUCAGUAGCACCUUUUCGAGUUGGACUCCACCAGACACCAACUCCAGCUCUCCCCAAACCCACCCUUCUUGGACACCUCUGACUGUAUCAGAAGGCAUAUCUCCUUUGCCUGCUCUUUGCUAUAGUAAUGGAACCCAUAUAUUCACCGUCAACGGUGAAAAUGGCCACAUUGUCACCUUCGACCCCGUUUCUGCUGUGUGGAAUGAUCCAUUGACAGGAAAAGCUCCCACUGCACAAGCAGCCGCCUUUUCUCAAACGAUUCAGUCGCUGAAUUCCACCGCUCACCCGGACUUUCAAUGUGUUGGCGUCAAUAAUGAAAUCGUUUGUUACGAUGAUGGAUCCACUAGUAACACCACUACUGCAACGCCUACCAAUGACGCUUGGCUAGCUGACUUGUCUACUUGGAAUUUCACCGCCCCGGCUGCCUCACAAAGUACUUCAGGCUCUAUUCCUAGCAUUCAAGGUGGUGUUCUAGCUCCUUCCGAUACGCAGGCAUUCCUAUUUGGUGGACAGAUUGGUGCCAAUGAUGCAAGUACUUCCCUUCCUUUUUGGUUAGGCUUUACCCUGUCAUGUAACACAACUUCUUUGAACGCCACCAAGAAUUGUAACGCAGAUAUUUGGAGCUUUGACGCAACCGCUUCCCAGUGGUCCACGGUGGCCCAGUUCCCUAAAAACCUGACUUACACUACCGUCAGCGAUCCUGCUGUGGCAUUUUACAAUUCCUCAUUUUAUGUUUUUAGUGGCCAGACUUGUACCUCCAACUCUUCCGAUGAGCAUAUCGAGAAUAUCAGUCAAGACUUUUGGAUGUUUACUCCACCCAGCACCUGGACAUUGGUCGACCCUAUUGCCUCAAAUCAACCUCCUAGCACCGUUGGUGGACAGCUGUCAUUGCUGAAUACUACUGGUGGCUCAUAUCUUGUUUUGAGAAGUGGAUAUAACAACACAAAUACCAAUACCGAAGUUGGAGCUGACAGUACCUACCUAUUUAACCCAUCCAACAACAGCUGGGUUGAAUAUGUAGGCAGGCCCAACAGUGCCAACGGGUCCACGAAUGGCUCAACUGGCUCAAACGUUUCCAACUCAACACAAGCGUCGGGAGUCGCCACAACUGUGCCUAUGGCUGUUCUUGUUGGCACCAGUAUGAUUGUUAUGAUCAGUGCUCUUUUGCUCUAG